CUUGGGUUUUGGUAGGGUUUAAGAAAAAAAAAACACUAAAGUUGGGGUCUUUCUCACAUACACGGAUCCCUAUGGGAUAUAUGCUGGGGUGCUCUCCAGCAUUGCGUGUUUACUUGCUUGGUAUCAUCAUAUAUAUUCAUUCUUUUUGUUUAGGUUUAAAGAGACCACAGGCUUUGUUGUCCUUAGAGAGAGAAACUAGGAGAGUUCUGUAGGUGUUGGAUGAAAAUCCUCAGAAUUGCUAGACAACAAAAAAGCCCAAGUUUUUAUUCAUUCUUUCAUGUAGGAGAUGAUUAGUUUAUUUGCUGUCAAUGAUUGAGUUGUUGCCUUGCAAAUGCUAAGCUUAGAAGUUAGAAGAAGUGAGAGUAAUUAGAAGUUUAGAAAACGAAGAGAGAGAAAACAGAGGAAGCUAGGAAGAAGAAAACAGAGGAAGGAAGAAGCAGAAGCAGGAGUAGAAGAUGAAGCCCAUACAUGAUCACAGUCAUAACAACAAUGGAAGCCAUAUUAACAAUAACAACAACUGGUUGGGGUUUUCACUCUCAGCUCCCCACAUGAAAAUGGAGGUCACUUCUUCUUCUGACCCUCAUCAACACUACAGUCAUCAACAAGCUCAGGCCUCCUCUGCUUCAGCUCAGCUUCCAAGUAGCUUCUACAAUCUGACCCCACUCUGCUAUGAAAAUGGUGGGUUUCACUCUCCCUUGACUGUAAUGCCACUCAAGUCAGAUGGGUCUCUUUGCAUCAUGGAAGCUCUCACUCGCUCACAAGCUGAAGGAAUGGUGCCGAACUCGUCCCCAAAACUUGAGGACUUUCUAGGAGGAGCAAGCAUGGGAGCUCAUGACUAUGGAACCCAUCAAAGAGAGGUGGCAAUGGCUCUCAGCUUAGACAGCUUGUAUUACAAUGAAAAUGCAGAGGCAGAGCAACAAUACUACUCUGGAAUCCCUUUCCCUGGAGCUUACCAAACUCAAAUGGAGGAAGAGUCCUCUAAGCAAGCCCACAUUGUGGGCUGUGAUAGUCACCAAAUGACCCAGAACUGGGUGACUAGGCAGUACUCUGCUGCUCAUCAUGCUUUCAAUCAACAACACAUGAGUAACAACAGCUUGGACAAUGGAGGAGUUUCUGGGUCUGUUAAUGGUGGAAUGCAGUGUGGGGAUUUACAGUCUCUUACUUUGUCCAUGAGCCCUGGAUCUCAGUCCAGCUGUGUCACAGCUCCAAGGCAGAUCUCACCCACUGAAACAGAGAGUCUAGCCAUGGAAACCAAGAAGAGAGGUUCUGGUAAAAUUAGUCAAACAAAGCAGCCAGUGCACAGAAAGUCCAUUGACACAUUUGGGCAGAGAACUUCACAGUAUAGAGGAGUCACAAGGCAUAGAUGGACCGGUAGAUAUGAAGCUCAUCUAUGGGACAACAGUUGCAAGAAGGAGGGGCAAACCAGAAAAGGAAGGCAAGUUUAUCUUGGGGGAUAUGAUAUGGAAGAGAAAGCUGCAAGGGCAUAUGAUCUUGCUGCUCUUAAGUACUGGGGCUCUUCAACCCACAUAAACUUCCCAUUGGAUGAUUACACAACACAAAUUGAAGAAAUGAAGAAUAUGAACCGGCAAGAGUAUGUUGCGCAUCUGAGGAGGAAAAGCAGUGGAUUUUCAAGGGGAGCUUCAAUUUACCGAGGAGUUACAAGACAUCACCAGCAUGGGAGGUGGCAAGCUCGAAUUGGCAGGGUUGCAGGAAACAAGGACCUUUAUCUUGGUACAUUUGGCACCCAAGAGGAAGCAGCCGAAGCUUAUGACAUAGCUGCAAUCAAGUUCCGUGGGGUAAAUGCGGUCACCAACUUUGACAUUACCAGAUAUGAUGUUGAGAAAAUCAUGGCCAGCAAUACUUUGCUUGCUGGAGAAUUCGCUAGGCGUAACAAGGAGGUUGAACCUAACAAACAAGUCAUUGAGUACAACUCACCAGCACAGAACAAUGUGGAAGCCAAUACACCCGAAAAUAGUCAUGGGAAUAGUUCAGAUUGGAAAAUGGCUUUGUACCAAGCUGCACAGCAACAACAAGCAACUGCUGCUACUUGUGUUCAAACACUUGAUCAAAAAUCAAUGUCUUCAGGGAAUUACAGAAGUCCUGCAUCUUUCUCAAUGGCAUUGCAAGACCUCAUUCGCGUUGAAUCAGUGAACUCUAGCCAGCAGUUGAUGGAUGAAUCAGCUAAAGCCGGUGCUCAUUUUUCAAAUCCUUCGUCGCUGGUGACCAGUCUGAGCAGCUCCAGAGAAGAUAGCCCUGACAAAUCAGGCCCCACAAUGCUGUUUGCAAAACCUCCAAUGGCAUCAAAGUUCAUAAGUCCAAGUACUGCUGCUGCUGUUAGCUCUUGGUUCCCAUCAGCUCAGUUGAGGCCUGCAGCUGCCAUUUCCAUGUCUCACUUGCCUCUAUUUGCUGCUUGGAAUGACACCUAGAAAGCUUGGGUUGAAAUGUCUUAAAGUUUUUGCAUGAUCAAGGAAAAGGGAAGAAAUUGGUGGGUUUUAGUGUUUACGGGGAGAAAAUUAGAAAAGGGGAUGUUGAUCUUUUAUGUUAUUUCAAGAGUUUAAUGGAGGAGGAAAGUAGGGCUUAAUCAAAAGACAAAGGUGGGUUCCAGUCAUCUGUCUGUAACCAAGUGUAAGAAACUUUUUCAAACCAAACCUUUUGGCUCAUAUCAGCAGAAUA